AUGGACAAGCAACAACAGACUGUGCAGAAGAGCCGGCAGCGCCGCGAAGCCGAGAGAGAACGCAAGCGAGCACUCCGAGCCUGCGACGGCUGCCGACGACAGAAGGAGAAAUGCGACGGUGGUGUACCAUGCCGAAGGUGUACGCGCCUGCAUCGCCAAUGCGAGUUCCUAGGCCCGACUGCCAGAGAUGCCGAAGGAGGUGAUGGCGCAUCGAGGAAUCGGCCCGGUCCAGGCAACGCUGAGCUCCUUCAGCGCGCUUCUUAUAUGGAGAAGAUUAUUGCCCAUUAUGCUGGAAAUGUCUCUCUUGAUACGGAAUCAUUGAAGGCUAUGGCUGAGUCCAUCGACAACAAGAACUUCGACGCUAAUCAACUUAAACGACAAGCUCCAAUUAUGGAUUCUCCAGGCUCUGACUUUCUGGGGGCAGAAGAUGAGAACUAUACUGUCCAGCCACUGGAUAAUAACACUACCCACUACUCAGGCGAGUUCUCUCACUGGAAUUUCUCAAUGAGAAUCAAACAAUGGAUUGAACAAUGCGUACCAGAGCGCCAUGAUGCACCAGGCCCCCUCAGUUUCAAAGAGUAUUAUCGAGCCGAAGAGCUCCAGUCAGCGAAUAACACGCAGGCAUCACUUUCUGCACUGCCUCCUCGAUAUGUCGCCGAGUUCCUGGUCCAGGCUUUCUAUAAGCAUGCCGAGACCAACUAUUUCUAUGUUGAGCGUGGGUGGCUCGCUGAACAGAUCGACCUAAUUUACCAAAACCCUGGGGCUUUAUCUCGUCGCGAAGUGGGGACGCUCUGCAUGAUUUGGAUCAUCUUUGCGAUUGGAACUCAGUACGCAUAUCUCGAUUCGAUCUCAGGAAGAGAUGCCCAUGGCAAGUCGAACGACUCAAGCCCUUUCUCCGAGGAUACAAUAGGUGUUAUGUUCUAUCAACAAGCCUGCAAGCUCGUUCCUGAUGUCAUCACUGUUGCAUCACUGGAGAGUGUCCAGGCUAUUCUUCUCAUCGGCAUCUAUACCCUACCACUUGACGCCUCAGGACUAUCGUACAUUUAUCUUAACCUCGCGGUAAAGCUCGCGAUCCAGAAUGGCAUGCACAGGAAGUGGCCUGCCGGGGGACUUGAUCCUUACGUUCGCGAAACCCGGAACCGUGUAUGGUGGACAGCCUAUACGACAGAGAAACGGGUUGGUAUCUACCACGGACGGCCUUUAUCUAUCCUGAGUAAAGAUGUCGAUGCAGAGAUGCCCACUGAUCGGCCGGACAUUAUGCCAUCAAGCCCUACAAAUGUUGCGCACAUGCUUGCAACGUUGCGGCUGAAUCAGGCGCUUGGUAAGAUUGCGCAUGAGAUCUCUGUUCUUCGAACCGCACAGAAACAUGAGAUGAAUGAAGGCUUGCAACGGGUCAUCGAUAUGAAGGAGGAGCUUCGAAGGUGGUGGGACGCACUGCCCGAAACCGCGUUCCACGAAGAAGUCAAUCCUCAAAACCCUAUUACACGUGCAGAUACGCACCUCAAACUAGAGUAUUGCCUGCUGCGAAUGUACGCCGGGCGGCCCUUCAUCUUACCUCGUGAAGUCGUGCGUGGUAACGCGAGCACGUCGAGUUCACCCGCUGAUUCAAACAACCAAAGACCCAACACACCUCAUAAGUCCAAUCCUCGGUCGAUCCUGGUUGCGGACUGUGUGGAGGCUGCAUUGACCAUAAUCGACACAUGCCAUCUUCUUCAAAGCACGAUUGGUCUUGCACGGGCAUCAUACACGGAAUUCAGUUCUUGUCGUGCUGCUCUCCUGGUCAUCAUCACACAGUGCCUGCAAAAGAAGACGGAUAGGCUACGUGACGCUCUGCGCACUGGUAUGGCUAUGAUCAAGGAGAUGUCAGCGGGUGGAGAGUCGGCCCGUUCUGAAGCAUCCCUGAUCGAAGUUUUUGAACGUGCUAUCUCGCGACUUGAUGCUACAGCUGAUUCCUCCGGCCGAGAAACCGACUACUCGCGGUUCAAGAAAUGGGAAUUGCUUUGGAAGAAUGACGUGCCUCUUCAGGACUUCAGGCAAGAAGAAUCACCCGAGACUUCCUUGCCGCUACCUCAAAAUCCAAAUGCAUUUUGGAGAGGAAGCACAGGUACGACUGCUCGACCUGGUAUGCCAACGAUGCAGGCUCCGAGCCCUUUUGUGGGAAUGGAUGCCAACUUUCCCUCGGUACCCCAGGUCAUGGAUGAAUUUUCUACGCUCUUUGGAUACGGGUUCGGUCCUAGUCCUGACAGUAUGGCCGGCACAGCUAACGGAGGCAUGUGGAUGGGCCCAUGA